CGUAGACACUUGACAGUUCCCAAAAUGGUGGGAAACUUGUGAAUCAACAUUUUACCCCCGUUUCGGGCUUCUGAACAUUUCUCAAUUGGAAAGUCACACUGAAAUUGGCAAGACAAAAUUGGUAGUAGAGCAUUUCAACAAAAUGCCAGUACAGGAAUUGUUUAUUGUUAUGGACAACAUUUACCAUGGAUUGCGACGCUGCUUCGGACCCGAAAAUCAGACUGAGCCCCCAAAGUUUCCAGCUUACAGUGCGAUGAAAAAAUUCGGUAAACGGCGUCGCAGAACAUUUAGAAGCAAACAUGUGCGAAGGAAACAUUUUUCCAGCAGCGAGGAAAGCGUCCAAAAUGUGACUGCCUCGGAACUGCACGGGUAUUUUACCAGGGGCAAGUUUCCAGCUCCGAUGACCGUGAUCCGGGAGCCCGGCUUCAGCCCUUCCAUUGGCAUGCUGCAUCGUCGGCGACUCCAAAACCGCCCGCUGAUGUUGAAUGCCCGGCAGGUUCUUCAAGUUCAGUGGGGCGGUUGGUGGCAGAGGCACUGGCCCACUCUUGUGGCGGCCAGUAUGCAGAUGAGCUGCGGAUCUUCGGUCCUUUGCCAUUCGCUGUUGGGUCUGUACGAUGACGAGGAAUCGAGUCCACCAAUCGUGGUGCUCAUGUGUUACUUUGGGCAGGCGAUUAAAAAGCUUUGCAAACAGGCUGACUUGGCCAUUUGUAGCAAUGGCCAUAGUCCCCAUUAUGUGACCACUUCGGCUGCCAUGGAGUUGAUUGACAUUCGCGGUUUCUUCCAACAUAUUAACAACGCGCUGGUAGACUUCCUCCUGGGAGCCACUGAUUCCGGGAUCUAUAUAGGCGAGCAAGUGGAUUACAAUAACUGAAAACCGUCCAAAAAAGUUAUGCAUAAAUAGGCCACAUAAACUUCAAAAAGCCAACUAACCAGCAUCUAAGGCUAAGGUGUAAUGCACUGAAACGAAUAUUUUAAAUAAAGAAAUAACU